UAUAGUAUAAUACGAGCGAUAAAAAUAUAAUUUUUGAUAAACUUGAUAUGAUAUUUAAUAUAAGUACACAUAUACCUAACACUUUUUAUUAAUAUUGUGUGUACAAAAAUUAUUUACGUGCAAAGCACGUGUUGCAUUGCUAGUAAAUUAAAAUGUCUUCAAGGGCUUUAUAUCAAAAUAGAUGAAUAAAGAAUGUCCAGAAGGGUGUUUUGUUUAUUUUUUUCCGGUAGUAGUAGUUCAAAGAAAAUCUUUGCUAGAAAUCAAGUGCCUAACAAACUCUUGUCUUGCAGAGAACUUCUGGAUUUAAUGCAAGCCGGAACGCUGGAACCAGAAGUUGCAUUUCUCAAUGCAUCACUUAUCCCAGAUGUUUUCCCUCUUCUAGCAGCUGCACAUAAGACUCUUAUAUCCAAAUCAAGGGAAUCAUUGACAACACGUACGCUGCAUUCUGAGCUUGUUUACAACUACUCUGGCUCUAAGCAUAUCUCGGAAUCUUUGAAAAGAUGUGGCAUCUUGGACAACUCGCAUGACAUCCUCGUGGCUCGUUUUGGUGCUUCUACUGAUGAGAUGAUGGCUGUAGAGAAACUUAUCAAAGGUAAGGAGAUCGAUUUAGAUGAAUUGGAAGAGCGGGCAAAUCAAACCCAGAUACAAAAGCACUACAAAAUAUCUAACGUGGAACUAGGGAUAUCAUCAAUUGCUGAUGCUAUAGUUUGCCGGAUUGCUGCCCGUGAUGCUCUGUAA